AUGGCAGGAGAAAAUAUCGUUCAUCGGAGACGAUGGGCACGCUUCGUACAUCUUCACUACGUAGUUAACGCGGCGCUGGUGCUGAACUAUGGCAUAGUACGGUGGUACAUGUCUGCGCCUCGGCUUACAUCGCAGGCGACUUGGACUGGUUUUUCACAGGAAACGGAGAUUAUCGGUCUCGCCACAGCUACUCUGGUCUCGAAGUACCGCAAAAUGGCGACGUUCGACGAAUUUCUCGCACGGUUUUUCGUCAUCGGAAAGGCUGCUGUGGCAGUCCUCCUGUUUUUCGUGGGCAUCCCCCACAUGGUGUGGUACCUCAUUCUAUGGACAGCUUGUUCGCUGGUGGUGCCGUACCCCCGUUUUGUGUUGCCCUCAGAAGUUUCAACUCUUAACCCGGGAGAGUUCCAGUCCAUGGUGAGAUCAUCGUCAGCACAAGCGCCCGGCGAGCGAGUUGCUUGGUUGGUUAUGUUCCACGCGGACUGGUGCAGCUCGAGCCACAACCUGCAGCCAAUGUUCGGUGCACUUGCGAGGAGGUAUGCGGACAAGAAUCGGCGGUUUGCAGUUGUGGAUAUCGUGGCUCAUCCCGAGACGGCUGAAGACCUUAACAUCAACACGGCCGGGACGAGCAAGCAACUUCCAACUCUGGCACUCUUUGCUUCCGGAAGGGAAGUUUGCAGGCUGCCGACAUUCGCUUCGGAUGGAAGCGUCGUUCGGGCUCGAAUGGAUGAGCGUGGCGUGAUCAACUACUUCGAACUAGACCAAGAGUUCAGGACAACCAGCUACUCUCGCCGAGGGUUAAGAGGGAAAAGGUAGCAGAUGUCCGAGUCAAAUCGCUCUUCACAUUGGCGCACCGUUGCAUGGUGGGGGAGGGGGUGGGGUUGGGCGGUGUAGACGAUUUGACCCCCUCGAACGAAUAGGAACGUGUUAUCGUCGGCCUGUUUCAAGAAUCGAGGGGGGGGGUUAUAGGUGAAACGACCCCCUCUGAGGUUAGUUCGUCGAGUUUGGAAAUCUUGUACCAUGCGGUGUACAAGGGUGUGUAUCACCAGCCGUGCACAUGAACGUCCGGUGAUGGCAGUUCGGACACCAGCAGAUGCCUGCCUGCUGUUUGCCAACGUGCUUGUGCUUGCAAAUGAGCAGGGACUUUGGCUAGGAUAUUAUCCAUCUGAGCCAAAUGGGGCUAUCUCUGCAGUCCCUUGGCAAAUUUUGAGUAGGAUUCAAUCACUUUGUGUUACGAAACCAUGACCGUCGCCUCCGAACGAAGUAAUCACACUCAUUUGGGCC